GAUGACAGCAAUGAUGAUGGCAAUAAUGAGUUAGUAACGGGAGAACCAAAACCAAAGAAAUCCCAUCACUGCCCAUGGCCUAAUUGCCACAAGACAUUCACACGCUCUGCCCAUCUGGCGCGCCAUGUACGUUCUCAUGGAGGCGAGAGGCCUUACGCGUGCCCACAUGAAGGAUGUGGCAAAUAUUUUUCUCGAUCAGACGUCUUGAAGGAACAUAUCAGGAUUCACGAC